AUGCCUCCCCCAUCCCAUCCUUAUGCCAGCCAACCACCCGCCGGCUACACUCAAGUACAGAGCGAUCACGGACGACUUUUGUACUUACAGCCUUCAGUUUACCGCAGCCUCGGCCUUGACCAAUCGUACCGGCCAACCCCCUUCCAACCCCGAAGAAUCAGACCGCAUCGUAUACACAUCGCAAGAGUAGCGGCCGAGUCGCCCAACCGGAGUAGGCUCAAACGCACCAAAACGGUAUCUUUUCUCGCCGAGAAGACGGUCGGAAAGCUGGCGGCCCCAAAGGAAAGCGUCCAGCGGUUCCUUAAGCACAUCAUCUCGCACGACUCCACCCAGCCGGCGAGCCUUCCACAACCCUCCGAGCCGGAUUUGACAACGACCACGUCGGAGCGCGGUCACGAGCGUCGUACGUCCUGGACACCUGGUGUGGUGCCGGAGCCGAGGGUGAGACGGAGACCGACGUCCGGCCUCUGGGCUGAAGCAAAGAGGCGGUCGUUCCUGAGCAGGGACCCGGGCGACUUGUCGAGCGAAGUAAACAUGCGACCGUCGCUGCGCAGCUCGAUCGCAGCUCCUGUCGGCGUUGCCACUGCCGUGGCGAACCCGCUUGCGAGACCGUCGCUGAGCGACACGGCCUCGGGAUCGGGAGAUUCCAUGUCCUCCAUAACCACAGCCCCGUCCAACUCACAUGCGCAGCCGCAGCCGCAGACACACUUCAAGCUGCCGCAGGAGCGGCCCAUCGCGUCGGGAAACGGCGUGAGCGUACUGAUAGCGACCGCGGAGCCGUUCCUGUUCCUGCAGGGUUUCGACCAUGGGGAUCUUUCCUCAAACAGGAGCACAGCCAUGCUUCGGGGCUCGCUGAUUCUCAAGGUGUCAAAACCGGCAAAGAUCAAGGCUGUCACGCUCCGCUUCCGCGGUCGCGCAACGACAAGGUGGCCCGAGGGCAUCCCUCCUAGAAAGACGGAGUUUGAGGAGACCAAUUCGCUCAUAAACCACACGUGGCCCUUUUUCAACGCUCAAUUCCCCACCGCCGAGGCGGGUACCGGAGCCGACUAUGUGCAGCUUGCUUCGAUUGGGCCCGAAGUGCACGGCAAGAGUCGACCAGCACUCGACAUUUAUGGCAGAAAUUCGGCGAGCAACUCAAACACGAAUCUGAGCACGAAGGAGCUCAAAAAGCUAUCGCUGCAAGUCAACCAGUCGAGAUCGUUUGGCAAAGGCGAGUCGCCCACUGGUGGGCCUACCGUGGCGCAGAAGGGCUACAGGACUUUCCAGCCGGGCGAAUACGCCUACAACUUCGAGUUGCCGCUCGACAGCUAUCUGCCGGAGACGAUCGACGUGGAUCUGGGUUUCGUCAAGUAUGAGCUGGAGGCCGUCGUUGAAAGGGCAGGUGCAUUCAAGACGAACCUGAUCGGAACCAAGGAAAUCGUCGUGAUCCGGACACCAGCAGAAGGCUCCCUCGAGCAGGUCGAGCCAAUCGCCAUCAGCAGGAACUGGGAAGAUCAGCUGCAUUACGACAUUGUCAUUUCGGGCAAGUCGUUCCCCCUGGGAGCGCAGGUACCGAUCGCAUUCAAACUUACGCCGCUUGCCAAGGUCCAGUGCCAUCGGAUCAAGGUGUACGUCACGGAAAGUGUGGAGUAUUGGUGCCACAACAAGCGCGUGCAUCGCAUGGAGCCCGCUCGAAAGGUCCAACUCUUCGAGAAACGAGCGGACGGACCUCCCGUCAGCACGUUUCCAGGCAGCUCCAUGCGCAUCCUGGCCGGCGGCGGUGUUCCAUACGACUACAGAGCGGCAGCGGCUCGCGGUGAGGACGUUCCCGGCACAGAUGCGACGAAUCUACUUGGCAAUCUUGAAGGCAACUCGAAUGUUGGGCCCACGGAGAUGGAGUUCAGCGUCCAGCUGCCUUCGUGCCCCAACGUGGGCAACAAGGACAAGAGCACAAGACUGCAUUUUGACACUACCUACACCAACAUCCAAGUGCACCACUGGAUCAAGAUCGUCAUGCGCUUGUCGAAGCCAGACGUGAACGAUCCCACGAAGCGUCGUCAUUUUGAGAUCUCCAUCGAUUCGCCCUUCCAUAUCCUGUCGUGUCGAGCGACGCAGGCAAACACGUCUCUCCCAGCUUACUCUUCCCCGCAAAGCGCCGACGCACAGACCCAGCUCUUCGAGUGUGGAUGUCCUGGUGCUGCGCCUCGCAGGAUCACGCCAACGUCUUACGUACCGACCCUCGGCAGUCUGAACAUGAAUAGCGCUGCUUCUAAUCCAACCAUGGAUCCGGUCUCACGAACCGACCCCUUGGGUUUGGCCAGACCGCCCGCAGCACACAUUGGCGGACCGGUCUGCAAUCCGGCCCUACAACGGCCCAUGCAUAUCAUCCGCGCGCCUAGUUUCAAUCCACCUGCUUUCGAAGACGAGGAGCCUCCUCCUCCCCUGGAAACCCCACCCCCACAGUAUGAUACCAUUGCUAGUCCAACCAGUGGCCUGGCAGAUUAUUUCGCGCGCCUUGCCGACGCGUACGACGAGAGCCCGACCGAUGACGAGGAGGACGGCCAGAGGACCCCGACGAGAUCAAGUCGGGUCGAGGUACCAUUGACUCCCGGCAGCGCACGGUCGAACCGCAGCAUGGACGAAGUAAGGACAUGGCCAUCGUUGGGCCCGGUGAGCAUGACGCUACCAACCGCACCACGUGUGCUGCAUACCACGAAUGGCCGUGCAUAA